GUCAGUGCAGUCAGCGGCUAUCUCUUUUUAGCAACGAAUUUGUAACGCCAAACUGAAAAUGAUAUUAUUUUGUUGAUAUUCCUUUGAGUAAAGGCCUUUGUUAUAUUUGUAUAUAUAUAUAUUUUUUUUUGUUUCUUGUAAAUGCGCGGUUAAUUGUAAUCUUAUAUAUUAAAAUGAAUCCAAAUAAUAUGCUCUUCCGAUUGGAAGAUCUUACAGCUGAAAAAGUAUACGCCGAAUAUGGCAUAACUGAAGAAGAACGAAUGAAAAAUCCGGAGUUUUAUAAAUUGUUCGUCGAAGAUUUCAUACCCACACGGGAAGACCUGCAACGUGAAAUUGAUGAAGAAAAGCUGAAAGAAUUGUGUCAACGUUUACCAUGUCGCGUUUUAAUGCARCGUUGGAAUCCUGUGCAAGAUUUUGUGAAUCAAUUCACGCGCCAAGGACGCAUACAACGUUGGACGAAAGAGAAAACUCAAAAACUUUUAGUAAAAGCAGUAACUCGACACAAAAACAUAUGCCUCUAUAGUGAUGAUGAAAUACGAAAACAACGCGAACGGGAAUGGUGCGAAAGAAAAAAAGAAAAUUUGAUGCGUCUAGAAGUUUGGGAAUACGACCGACAGCAGCAAGAAUUGCAUGAUGCGCAACCCGAAGAAGCACAGCACACAAUCUGCGAUACACAAAACACUGAAAAUAAUAAUGUGAUCGAAAGUGAAAAACCCGAAAUUGAUAUUAUACAAAAGGAUACAUGUGCAGACAGUGCUGCAGCUUCACCUAUUCUCGAUAUCGAGGCUGCAAUGUCGGAGUUGCAUGGCACCCCACUACAACAGACGCCUUCAGAUAUUGUACCUAUACCGCCGCUCAGUCAAACUACACAUUUAAAUGCAGCCGAUUUUACAACAAAUCUUUUGCCACAAAGUCAAGUGCAACAACCCAUUUCACUACCUAGCACGCAAAAUACCGAGGAGCUUGCUGGUCGGGAAUAUGUUGAAAUGGUGCAAGAAAUUAGUGUUAAUGGUAUGCCUAGGUUAGAUGACUUUAUUAAUGUUAAUACGGAGUCUAUGCAAUUGGAGGAUUCCAUAACAAUUAAUUCAGAGGACGUUUUUAAUGGUGAAUGCACACCGCCAUACUAUGAGUUCAACACACAUGUGUCAAUGACGUCAACACAAUCACCGACUGCCAAGUAAUUUGUUCUAGUAGCUAACAUAUAUAGUUAUAUUUUUGAUAUAAAAUGUUAAAGUUUUAAUUAGUAUUUUAUACGAAAAUUAUUUGUGGAAAA